UUUUGCACAAUAGUGGCUCGUUCUCCCGCGGGCUUGUUCAAACAAAAGAUCUGCUUCUACAGAUAUACCUACCGUGUUGAAUGCCAAACAAAAGCCACCAGUUUGAGAAACGACUUUUUUUUUAAUUUUUCUAAGUGUUACCAACGAAAGCCAGCGAUCUUGCUGCAUUGGUCAUUUGCAAUCGAACCUUUGGACGUGCAACAUCGCUGAAGAAGUCCUCCGAAUUCGUUAAGUUGUGUGUUACUUGCUUCAAUCGAUAAACCGUCGCGUGUUGAGACUUGUGUUUCUUGGAUUUGUGGCAAACAGCAUGGAAGAUUUACUUCAGCUACCCAACAGCAGUGAACAGCAGGAAACGAUGACACAAUCAAACUCAUCAUCCGAUAGUGAAGAAAGCUCCUGCGACGGGCUUAACUACGAUACGGACACUACGCUAUGCCGGCGUCUUGAAAAAAUGGUGAACAACAAACUACUUUCAGACGUUACUUUUAUCGUUGGGCCCGAAAAACGCCGCAUCUAUGCACACAAACCGUACUUGCUGACGGCUUCAGAGUUCUUCUACAAAAUGUUUUGUGGUAACUUCAUUGAAGCGCAACGAAAGGAAGUGGUCCUGGAAGAUGUCGAUGCAGAAUUAUUUUUGAUAAUUUUACGCCUGGUGUACAGCAAAAAAGUUCAUCUGAAUUGGGACAACAUUAGUGCUAUUUACGAUUGCUUAUGCAAGUAUUUGCUGAUAGACUAUUUUGAUCCUUUGAUCCGUUUUAUGGAAUCCCAUAUAAACGACCACGACACUGCAAUAAUGGUGUUCCUAAAGAAUGAUCAUUUUAACUUCGAGCAAGUUGACGAAAAAUGUAUGCGCUACAUACAAACCAACCCGUUGUACUUCUUCGGAAAAGACGAGUUCACCUCAAUGCCGGAGGCCAGAUUGAACAAAAUUCUCCAAGCUCAACGCAUUAACUGCACCCAUGUCCAACUCCAACAGGCCGUUGUCAAGUGGUCGUCUGCAAAUGGUGGUUGUUGUUACAACAACCUUAAUAAACUCUUAGAGGAAACAUGUCGUAAACCCUAUGCUCAAAAAUUGCAUUUGAUGAACAACAAGCUGAUUGAAACAGUCUCGUAUCGUGAAGCUGAUGUAAAAUUACGAAUGACAUCAACAAAACGAUUAGCGCUGUAUGGCUUUGGAAUGUAUGUUCAUGGAUCCGAUAAACCAUCUAUUGCAUCGUUUACUCUUGAAAAAGAUGGAGUGAAAGUACACGAUAUCGAAAUCAAAAUGAUUCCUAGCCUCGGGUACGAAAUAGUGGAUACAAUGUUUGAAGAGGUCGUAUUAGAACCAAAUGUUCAGUACAAAUUAUGUUUUUAUGAGCCAAGUUGUCAACUGACGAAAGUCGUAAGCUUACCGGUGCUGUUUCAUCGUCAUAUUAAAAUAGAAUUUGAGUCAAAUCACUGUCCUCCGUUAGCUUAUCUUUUUGCGAAAUAUGCGGACUGUGAUGUAUUACACCUACCACAAUUGUGUUGUAACACAAAAUGCAAGGUUAAAUUAGAAAAUUCUUGAGCUAAUGUACAGGCGGUCCCCGAGAUACACGGUACCUCUUAUACGCGGAUUCAGAGAUACG